AUGGGCGAACCACAGCCUUCAGACGAAUCACGUUUUCUCGACGACGCAACCGUUCGUACCAUCUCGUACCUCGAGUCUCGUCUACUCCGUCUCGAGCACUUGCUCUACGGCCAUGCCUCGGCAGUACUCGUAAAGAAACCAGCUAUCCCUAGCUUGCAACAGCUAGAACAUCGCUUUGAGAAGCUGCGCCAGCGCGUACGAACUUAUGACGAACUUCUCAAGAUUUAUAAUGCCCAUCCUACUCUCUUCACGACGCGUUCAACCGAGGCCGCCCCUGAUGACUUGUCUCCCGCCGCGCUCGCGCAGAUGGUCCUCGCCUCAUCGACUUUGUAUCCCUCUAUCGCCUCGUCACUAACCUCCAUUGAGGAUACUCCCAUUCCAGAUCCAUCCAUGAGUGCGAGCUUGGUGACAUUGCUCCCCAGGAUGCGCGCCAUAGAAGCUACCCAGAAGGCGCAAUCGGCUGAGAUUGCAGAUCUCAGGGGUCGGAGCGAGCAGGUCGUUCGAAGCUAUUAUGAGCAGAGCGUCGUCGGCUACGGGAAUCGCUUGGCCGGCGUUGAGAAGAGAGUGGAAAAGGUCGAAAGAGGUGUAAGGCGAGCAGAGAGAGCUAGCCAAGAUCUUUGA